CAUUUUUGAAAAUAUUGGUGUCCUUGGUAACGAAAAUGUAGACAAAAUAAAAUGAAAUAAUAAUAAAAUACCUCUAAAUAAAAGAAAGAAAGUUCUACAAAAAUAUCAAUAUGUUUAGAGGCGAUGCAUCAAAUUCCUACGAACAACAAGCAAAGUUCAUACAAGAUCGAAUAAAUACGGUGGAAAAGUACUUUGGAGAAUUAUGUUUGGCUUUUACUGGUUAUGCUAGGAAAACUGCACGGUUGCGCGACAAAGGCGACGAUCUAGCCGAGGUCCUCAAGGAGUAUGCUUCCCACGAGACGGUGAACAAGUCACUCAGCGUGAACUUGGAGAACUUGUCCCUGACGCUCUCCGCACUCGAGGAGUACCGCAACUGCGCCGUGCAGCGGAUGGAGGCCAAGGUGAUAGGUGAGCUGAGCCAGUACGAAACGAUAUGCAAGCACGCGCGCGAGGAGCUGAAGCACACCAUGAGCGUGCGCGACAAGGAGCUGUCCCGGAAGAAGGUGCUGGACAAGUCCCGGGAGCGGCAGCCCUUCAACCGGCAGCAGGUCGCAUACGCGGAGUCAGAGCUCCUGAAAGCUUCAGCGGAGAUGUCGCGCACGGCGAAGGGCCUCAGCGAGCAGACGGACUUCUUCGAGCGGCGCAAGCUGCAGCAGCUCAAGUCUCUCCUGAGUGACUUUAUAAUGAUAGAGAUGACUUUCCACGCGAAAGCCGUGGAGCUACUGACUAUUGCGUACCAGAGGGUGGAUGAGAUUAAUGAAAAAGCUGAUUUAGAACAUAACACAGGUCUGUCUGACACUGAGGAGCCCGUGAAUUUCCGAAGAAAGUUGCGAUCUCCCGAGAACGUGGCUGGCUCGGGCAUGUCAGCGCGGUCGGCGUCACUGGGCGCCUUCAAGACAUCCAACACCUCUCCCAACAAGGAAGACGGUGACAUUAUGAGAACUCCUGAAAAGUUGAGAUCUGAAAUGGCUCGAUCCAGCUCACUGCAGGUUUUAGCUAGCAAAAUGACAGUUUCUGAUUCUGAAGAUGAAGAAACAUCAUCUGAUUAAUAAUAAAUUAAGAUUUUUGUAAUUUACUGUGUCAAAAUAAAAGUGUAUACCAAAUAAUUUA